AUGGACUUUGACAUCUCCAGAUCAUUAGCGUCAGUCAUGUAUCAAUGUGCAGCUUAUAAGCCACAAUCUGGUUGCAUACCGCUGAGGAUAAAGAAGAAGAAACUUGCACAGCAGGUGGCUUUGAGCAAUGGCGAGAUGGCAAAGUUGUUCACGAUAGACUUCCAAGUGAUGUUGGUUACUAGUGGCGGUGGCGACUCUUGGGUAUUCCCUAAAGGUUCAAUUAAAAAGAGCGAGACAAAGAAAGAAGCGGCAAAGCGUGAAACCUUUGAAGAGGCUGGACUGGAAGGCAAGUUUGCCAAGUCAAUCCCUCCGCUAGAAGUAGCCGAUCACCACAAGGAAUGCAACCUUACCUACUAUGUAUUAUAUGUAAAGAAAGUUAAUAAACAGUUUGAUGAAGCGGACAAGAGGAAAAGACAUUGGUUCUCCUUGGCAACUGUUCUACAAGAGGCGAUUCCAAUGAAGCCGCACAUACAACAAGCGAUCAUCUCAACUCAAAGGGCAUUGAAUAUUCAUAGUUCAAGCUUUGGCAAUGUCAUCAAGAUUGAGUACAAGACAAAGAAGAAGGAAGUCGAAGCUGCACUACUAAGUAAACUGUAG